AUCCAUCUGAGAAAUAGCCUGACCCGGCCCAAAAAAAGUGUAGCCAUCACCAAUCGCCCAUCAGGCCAUCAGUUCUAGAAAUCUAGUCUCGGCCCAUCAAAAUCGCCCUUCACAGUAGCAUAAGCUGCAACCUUAUCACUUUCCCGGUUGGCGUUGCUAUUACUGAUCAGUGGUGACCUCCAGUGGCUUCUCUUUCAUGGAGUUUUAGCCUUUUAGGUUAGUCUUGAACCAGGAAUGGCUGUAGUAGCAGGGAUAGUGAAGCCAUCAUCAUCAAUAUCAUUAGCAUGGCACUUUAGGAUUUAUCGACCCCCGUCGUUUUCCAAGACUGAGUGCAGCCAUGAACAACUAUAUGUGGAUCAAAAGUCUUGGACCUUCUCCACCAGCAGUUGCAUGGAAAACCUUAGGGAUGCCGGCUUUUGUAAAUGUAAACAAAAAACGAAAAUCAUGAAGCCCUGCUUAUGUUUUGCACCAAAUUACCCUGCCAAUUUUCACCAAAGUCAAACUCCCUUGGCACACAUGAUGCCUCUAUAUGCAAGCUUGAAAGGUCCAAGAGGCUUUGGACCACCUCCUAAGAAAUCGAAAAAGGGAAAGAAGUCAAGGACUAGCAGCAAUGAUGAUGAUGAUGAUGAUGAUGAUGACAACGACGAUGAUGACAAUGACAACGACUAUAAUGAAAUGGAGGAACGGGAUAGAGGGGUAAUUCCAGAGAUCGUGACUAACAGAAUGAUAAGUAGAAUGGGUUUUUCCGUUGGGAUUCCACUAUUUAUUGGCCUGCUGUUCUUCCCUUUGUUUUACUAUCUGAAGGCGAUUCUAAAAAUUGAUAUUCCUACAUGGGUGCCUUUGUUAGUGUCAUUCUUCUUCUUUGGAACAGCUCUGAUGGGUGUGAGUUAUGGUAUUGUAUCCUCCAGCUGGGACCCCAUGAGAGAAGGCUCACUCUUGGGUUGGAAUGAGGCUCAGAAGAAUUGGCCUGUUUUUUGGCAGUCUUUUUGGGGAAGAUCUGACAAAAAGUAGGCUUACUCUUCUCUACCUUGCCUAAUUCACAUUUUUCUCUCUUUUUUGCUGUCUCAUUUUUCAUAUUACUUUUAUAGCUAGUGACAUGUUUAUAUAUGCACAAGAGAUCAUUUAAGUCUGUAAA